AUGGAGCUCACGAAGCAGGGGCGGCCGCCAUUGCCUUCGCGGCCGCGGAGAAGCUCCGUGCCCAUGACGAGCCAGCAGCCAGGGCGGCCGUCGCAGCCGUCGCCGCCGCCCAAGGCCAAUCCGCAGAUGCUCGAGUCCCUGAGAUCCAAACUCAGGGAGGCUCUGGCCGCUGCCUUGAGCAUCAUGGAUUCUGGGCAGCAAUCCUCUGGAAAUUCGGGUUCAGCUGGCGAGUACAGGAUCCGUAAGGCCCGAAGCCUAGCAUCUAACAUUGAAGAGGAGCUGUUCAAAUUGUUCGGAGGGGUCAGCAGGAAGUACAAGGAGAAAGGCGUGUCGCUCGUGUUUAAUCUGGAAGGUGAACACAAUCCCGUGCUGAGGGAAAUGGUUUUGUCCGAACAAAUAUCACCUAAAUGGUUGUGCGCAAUGACUAUUGGGGAGCUUGUAAAAAUGUUUCGGCUUAAGAUACAAGUUGAUGAUAGAGGCUUGGUGAGGAAACCACACAUGGGAGAAUUUCUAGUUGAGGAGGAAGAAACUGACGACGAUGUUUUUCGGGUAUCAGCUCGGCCUCGGGGUGAUUCACUUCCUUGUGUUGUUCCAUCAGAACCCAUUAUUGCAGCUCAAACCAAAUCUGAGGAUGAUAAAACAGCAAGUGCACAAUGCAGGGAGAUCGUCAAGGAAUUGGAAGGCAGUACUGUGCAAGAUGAUGAAGUUGUUGGGACGUGGAACAGCAACACAUCAAGUGAUUUAGAAUAUCUAGCGGGUGAGAUGAAUGAUCUUGUGCUGCAACCAAGGUAUGAUGUCUUGAAUGGGCCAGAGAUCGUCUCAUUCUCUGAUUUCCUGCGGAUCGUUGCUUCAGAACCACAUUCUAAACAUCGGCCCAUUGGUGCCCCGCUGCAAGAUGAUCGUAAUACUAACAAAGCUGAGAAAGUCAACUCAGCAAAUUUCCCCAAAACUAUGGACACGGCUGCUGAAUCAGAAUUCCAAUUUCAUUCUGACGGUGUGUCAUCUCCACAAGGUUACUGUCAAUCCAAGUUAGAAUCACCCAUAAACAAACCAGCUUCAGUUCGGGAUCCAGUUGAUGAACCAAAGGGAGAUGUGUUAGCCAAAUCCUGCCCACAAAUGGUGGAUGCUGAAGAAUCACGUGUUGUUAAUGGCUUGACUGCUGAAUUUGGUAUGCAGUGUGAGAUAACUCCUGAUGUUGCAUUGACGCAUGACAGUAUAUGGGAGGCAACGCUUCGACAAGAGUCUUCGCGCACAAAUAUUGUUGCUCUCUUCAAAAAGUUUGUUUCAUUAACCUUGCUUAUAGUAAUUGUACGCAAUUAA